AUGUGCAAGGGUUAUGCAACUGAGGUUGGGUUACAAGAUAUGCUGAAAACUAUCGGGCGUACUCGGACAAUCGAUUUAUCGACCAAGACUAAGCGUUGCAGCAAGUGUUUGGCCACUAGACAUGAAUCCUCGGACACAGACAACAAGCAAGAAUACUUGGGCCUCGUUGGUGGUGGCCAUAAUAAUGGUGAUGAUGGAAUGGAUGUAGAUUUGUCUGGUGCACAGAAGGGCGUAAGGCGUAGCAGUCGCCUUGGUGGAAAGUCGGGUGUAUCGUCUCACAUCGAGCAGCAUGUUUCUGAUGGCUAUGAGCCUGACAAGGAUGACGAUGAUGAAGACAACUAUGAUCAAGAGCCCAGGAACACUGAACAGACACCUCAGACUCGAAAGAAGAAACAACCUUUACACAAAGUCUUGGCAUCUUUCUAUGUUUCUGAUGAAUCUGUAGAAGAGGGAGAGCAAGACCAAAUAAACAGUGACCAAGUGACAGAAAGCGAAAAUGAUUCAGACACUGAUGACACUGUUCAUGCGACGGUGCUCUCACUCUUCAAAAAGUGA